CCGAGUGCACUGUUCGGGUGGGCGGAUCGUAGCGGUGACGGCGACGUUUGGAGACUCCCGACAAACUGUCAAAAAACACACAACUAACGCCAUGGCGGAGUUAGACCUGAGUCUGAGCGAUGCGCUGACGGACAGCGUUCCUCAGUCAGGCCCAGAGAGCCUUGUUGAGCGGGACUUUGUGGCACAGCUGGAGGCGGAGACUUUCGAGGAUCAGGUUGGGGAGACGGUGGGGAAAACAGACUACAUCCCACUUCUGGACAACGAUGACACCAGAGCAGAAGCGGGUACUGCGUUGGAGAACGGCGAGCAAGAGGCUCAGGGGGUGCAAAAGCCUGGUUGUAAGCUGACCGCGGGGGGACAGACAUCAGCGUCGCGCCCAGAGCCGCAGGGAGAGGUGCGGCCACACUCACUUGACCAGCAGCAGGCCUUCGCAACAGACUUCUUAUCAGCUUCCAUGGCAAGUUAUUCAGAUCCACUGGGCUCCCACACCAGCCCUGCCCAAAUGAUGGAUACUGGUUUAAUGGGAGCUUUUUCAGGUUUCUCCCAGCCUGGAGGGAUCGGUCUGAACGUUGAGGUGGGAGCUGCACCCUUCUCAGCAGAGAAGCCCGCGAGUAUAGCAGAACCUCAGCAGGUCUCGCCCAAGUCGGCUUCAGAUGUCCCAAAAGACCACAGCCCCAUGCUGCCUGAACCACAGGCUCCUCGCAGCCCUCUGGAUCUGUCAGCAGGUACAUUAGGCGACUGCUGGCAAGACAAGGCCAGCUGCCUAUCGUCAGACCUUCCUUUCACUCCCAGUGUUUCCACUGUGAUCAGUCGUCAUGCUGGCCACCUCGGAACAAGUCCUGAAGACCAUCCUGACAGCUGGCCGAGCCGAGAGAGUGCUGCAUAUGCUGGGGGUGAUGAGAGGGAGGGAGACGGAUCAGACAGAAAGCAGAAGAAGAAGAAGAAAAGACGACAGAAAGAUGAGGGAUCUUAUGAACAUAUUGAGAGCAGGGGUCAACCUGAGGCACAAGUCCAGGGUGAAAACACUCCCCCAGCAGAGGAGUUUUACCACAGGAUUGGCCCAAGGCGGGAAAGAGGAGAAGGUGGCUGGGAGGAGCAGCUUGGCAAGAGUGGAGGUCGGGGAAAAAAGGGGAAGAGCAGGAAGAAGCUUCCAGAAGAGUGGAGUGUGAUUGCAGAACCAUUUAUUCCCUCACCUGCAGUAACUUCCCAAAUCCCCCCAGAGGUACUGAUGGAUCUUGGGAGUUCGGCUCAGGCAAACCCAGAGGCCUCCUUUGCAGACAUCAACAAGAGCCCCUGGAAACAUGAAACCUAUCCAGAAGAAGGCCUGGCCCCAUCUCCCUUGUCGGAGGACUUGUUCUCUCCAACAAUUGCCCCCAUUAGCCCCAUGGUCCUGAACAGUGAGCUGAAGGCCACAGCCGCUCCGUUCACUAUGCCCUCCACCAUCAACACUUCAGGGCUUGGCUCCUUUUCCUUGGCCCAACAACCUGAUGAUCCAUUUGACCUCCUGAUGGAUACUGAAAAUGCCAACCUGGGCAACAAUGUCCAGGCAUUAUCUCCACCUUUCUCUCCAGGGAAUGAUGAAAGAAGUAGUGACAUGGUUGACAGUGGGAUGUUUGACAACACCGCUUCUCUCCAAGACUCUUCUGUACAAGGUAUGCUUGAGGGAGACACCUCAGCUUUCAGCCCUGCUUCACAGCCCAGCAUUUCCCCAAAAGGCGAGGUGUUAGCCUCAGCCCCACCUCUUUCACCUUCUGAUGCUUCAUGGCUUCUGAAUGACUCCAACAUUAGCAGCAAUAGUGAGCUAUUUGAAUUCAGUAACAUGAGCACUUCAGGUCCCCCCUUACCCUUAGGUUUAGCUUUCGACACCCCAAGCCCAGCCCCUCUUCGCUCCCCAAAAACCACAGCACAGGAAUUUCAAACCAGAGAGCAAAAAGAUGCCAAAUCAGCCCAGAAACAAUCCAAGAAGUCGCAUUCUUCCUCCUCCUCCUCCUCUGUUAAGAGCCCCACCUCCCCAGGAACUAAGAAAUUCCCUUCCGAGGCAUCCCCGGUCCUCAGCCCCUCCACCCCUCCAACGUUCACACCUCUUGGAGUUCCAGGAUCUGGUCUUAACCCUGCAGCAAAGCCUUUCUUUCCCAGCUUUGCUGAUCCAGUAGAGGAGCCAGCUGUGGUUUCUCCAGCUGUUCCCACCAUUGAAGUGAAAUCAGACAAGGUGGAGAAGGAUGAGAAGAAGGAGGAGAAGGUAGAGGACACAGCAAAGAAGGUGGACAUGCCAAGUACUAUAGAUAAAGCUGAGCAGAAGAGUGUGAAGGUUGAAUUCACAAGCAGCGAGACUGUCACCAAGGUGGAGAAAGAGGUGGUGAAUGAAAAGCAGAAUGAGAUUGAGAAAGAAAAAGAGAAGGAGGUAGAGAAAGUGAAAGAUCAAGAGCAGGAGAAACAAAAAGUGAAAGAGGAGAAAGAGGCAGAAAUAGUCAAAGAGAAAGAGCCUGAAAAGCUGAAAGAAAAAGAGACGGAGGCAGUAGAGUUAACGCUGAAAGCAGAAAAAGAGAAUAAAACAAACAAGAAUGAAGAACCACUAGAAAAACUGGAGAAGAUGGACAAAGCUGACAAGACAGAGAAGGUGGAAGAUGUUAAGCUGCCAGGCAAAGUAGAGAACGAAGUUGAGAAAGUAGAGAAUGUGGAAAAGAUGGGAAAAAAUGAAAAGCCCAAAGAGGAAGAAAAAGUAGAGAGCAAAACCCUGGAGAAGACGGAGCAAACGGAGGGAAAAUAUGACAAAGAGCAGCAUGUCGACAGUGUGGAAAAGAUCCCAGAGCAUCAACCAACACCCAUCAAGCAGGAUACCAGUCAUGACCAACCAGAGAAGAAGGAUAAUGUGGAGACAAAGGUGACAGUGGUAGAAGAACCUAAGAAAGAAGAGGCUCAUACAGACAAAGCCAAGGAGACAGAGAAAGACAAAAAUGUAGAGAAAUCGCCUGAGAAGCCAGCGUUAAAGGAAGAGAAGCAGAGCAAAGCACCAGCUGAGAAGAAGACUGUGGAGAAAAAGGAUGAAAAGAAGGAGAAAACUACAAAAGCAGAUGUAGGAGAGAAAGCCAAAAAAGCAAAACCUGCAAUUAACGGAAGCAGUGCUACACCCAGCAAAGAUGUGUCAAGUGUGGACAAGAAGACCAAGCCUGUUGCUGCACCAACAAAACCAAGUGUCACUGCCAAAACGCGGCCAAACACCGCAGUGGCCAGUGGUGGUUCAGCUGCAGCCUCAGCUAAACGCCCCACACCAUCCUCCACCAUCACCUCCACCACAGACAAAAAAACACCCACAGCCAAGGCACCAUCCACAUCAACAGCUGGGUCUAAGCGGCCCUUGACAACUUCUACCAGCCGCCCUUCAUCCUCGACCACCGCUGCAAGAGAUGUCAAGGCCAAGACAACUGCAGAGAAGCGCCCCCCUGUGCCAAAGGCCACCUCCGAUCAAACUGGCACUACUGCUGCCACCAAAAAUUCAACUGCAGCCGGAACAGCCACCAGAACCACUACGACUACACGCACAGCAGCAUCUACUCGCACUGCAACCACUGCUGCAGCCAAAAAACCCCUGGCCUCAAAGAUGGACAGCAAACCAGGAGAGGAGAAGAAGCCUAGCACUCUGAAGACCUCUACAGCUGAUUCUACCAAGCCCAAGACCACCACCACCACCCGGGUCACAGCUUCUACCACUGCUGCUUCCCGCACUCGAACCACAGCAACCAAACCAACCACACCAUCGUCUGCCUCUGGUACAGUACCUGAGAAGAAGCCCUCGGUGCCUCGCACCUCCAGACCCAAUCCUCAACCACCACUACCACCAACCGCCUCCAGGACCACAGCUCGCACUGGCAUAGCUGGAGCCCCCGACAUCCGUAACGCCCGCUCCAAAAUUGGCUCCACAGACAAUAUAAAACACCAGCCUGGAGGUGGAAAGGUGUCAUCUGCCUCUCAGAGCAGGGGCGUCGCCUCCAAAGAAACAAGCCAGGGCAAAGUUCAGAUAGUCUCCAAAAAGGUGGACUUCAGCCACGUCACCUCACGCUUGGGCUCCAAGGAGAAUAUGAAGCAUGUUCCUGGUGGAGGGAAUGUGCAGAUACUCAACAAGAAGGUGGAUUUGAGUAAAGUGACGUCAAAGUGCGGCUCCAAAGACAACAUCAAGCACAAGCCUGGUGGCGGUGAUGUGAAGAUCGAGUCCCACAAAGUGAGUUUUAGGGAUAAGGCUCAGUCUAAAGUGGGCUCCAUGGACAAUGUGGGCCAUUCACCUGGUGGAGGAAACAUCAAGGCUGAGGGCGACCAGAGACAACAGAGGGGACUGGAACCCCUGAGUGGCCACCCUGGCCCAGCCCCAGGCCUCGAGCCAGGGCAGGCUGGGAGCUCUGCUGCCCAGGAAAAUGGGUUGAAGGAGGGGGCCCCCUGUGAUAGCGAGGGCCUCCGGGAGCCCCAGGCCCUGGACUCGCUCAUCCCAGAGACAAAGUCCUGGCACCAGGUUGGGAACCACGGGAACUUAAAAGUGCGUUACUGUGUAGACAAUGUGUUGAAUCAUGGGUUGGGUCGCGGGCGUAAUGCACGUUGGUACGGGCAGAUACCAGCUUUGGAAAAGUGGUGA